GAUCUGCAGAGCAUAUCGGACUGUCUCCCUGAACUCUGCGAUGCUGUUGGCUGGGAUUCUCCCUCUUGAUCUCAGGAUACUCGAAGCUUCGAGGCUUUAUGAGAUCAAGAGGGGUGUGUCGCACCCGGCGGUGUUGAGGGACAGGGAGGUGGAACGAAUGGCACCCGCGAUUGAGGACCCACAUCCGGCAGAGCAGGUAGAGCUGGGGUUCGGCUUGGUAGAUGAGGACACCUAUGCCGACGUGGUUGACAGCCACGUCCACAGGGUCUAUACGGACGGCAGCAAGAUUGAGGGUCGCGUUGGAGCCGCCCUUUCCGUAUGGAAAGGUGAGGCCGAGACAAAGGCCAUUAAGCUUGCGUUGCCACCGUAUUGUACCGUCUAUCAGGCUGAGCUCCUAGCGCUCAAAAGAGCAGUAGACAUAGCCUGCAAGAGCGGAGCGGCAAAGGUCGGUGUCCUCAGCGACUCCAGAUCGGCACUCCAGGCGGUUACCCUGAGUUCCCCUCAUCCACUGGCUGUGCAAACACGGGCGGCCCUCCGAAAAGCUGCAUUGCAGAGGCGGGAGGUCUCCCUGUUUUGGAUUAAGGCGCACGCAGGGCUUAAGGGGAACGAACGGGCAGACGAGUUAGCCAAGGAGGCCGCCCUGGGGUUGAGGGAUACGAUCAGCGAAUGGGAUAGGAGAUACGAUGUAGGAGGAACGGCCGGAGUCACGAAGCUCUUUUUUCCAAGCGCUGCUGCUGCAUACAAGGUAGUCAGGAAAAUAGACAUCACACACCACACCACACAAGUACUGACCGGUCACGGCGGAUUCGCCUUCUACUUGAACAGAUUCAAGCUGAAGGAUAAUCCGUCGUGUCUAUGUCAGCCUGGAGUUGAGGAGACGGUUCCUCACCUGUUACUCGAGUGUCCAAUUUUUGCAAAAAAUAGAUAUGCUAUUGAGCAAAAAUUGGGCAUGGCGAUGACGGGUGAGAAUCUGCCUUCCGCCCUGGGGGACAAGUGUAGGGAUGCGUUCCUACAAUAUUGUAGAAAUAUUGUAGUCGUAGUGAACCAAAGGAAUAGUGUGUGAUAUUAGUUUAGCUCUUUACUGUGAUAUAGGAUUAAGUUGAAUGUUUUUGUGCCGUGUUUUUUCUGAAUUUUUAAGUAAUUAUUGUAUUUUAUUAGUAACUUAUA